CUUAUGGUGAGAGGAGGCCUCAGCAGGGAGGGGAGGAAAAGGGGAGAGACGGCAGGCCAGCUCGUCUGCAACCAAACAGGACACCAGGCGGAAGCGGCGAGAAAAGGGGGAAGAGUGAACUUGCGGGCCAAAGAGUAGUUUGGAGACAGGAAAAGAAAAUGGGACGAAAGAGUUCGUCGGAUAAGGAGAAGAAAGGCACGAAGAAGAGCAGCGAAGGCCAAACGUCGGAGGACGGUCAGAAGUGCAGAGUGUGUCGUUUCCCUCUGCUCGUGGCCUUGUUUCAGCUGCUGUUGGGGGCGGCCAUCACAGUCGUGGCCUUCCUCACGCUGGCACUCAGCCCCUCGCUCCUGGCCAGGGAGACGCCGCACUGGGCGGGGAUCAUUUUGUGUUUGAUUGCCAUGGUGGGUUUCUUCCUGUACUGUGUCACCUACCUGCCUGAUGAGACCACGUUGGUGCAGUUCAUUGGAAAGCUCCUGUACUUUGUCCUGUGUGCAGUUGGCUUGGUCAUCUCAGUGCUGGUGAUGGCGUUCGCCGGACACCAUCACUCACAGGCCAGCAGCUUCAGCUGUGAGCAGGACGGACUGGACUGUAAGUGCACGCUGGAGCCGGACGACCCCGUAGCUCGCACCUUCACCUACCAGGAAGUGGGCUGUGAGGACGUCACAGGGACACUCACGCUCUACUACCUGAUUCAGAUCAUACUCAACCUGGCUCAAGCCCUGGUCUGCGCUGUCGGGGCCUUCAUCAUGUGGAAGGACCGCUACCAGAUGUUCUUCGCCGGCCUGCAGAUCGGCUCACCUUCAACACAGCAGUGGCAGCGGGUGUGAUGUAACCACAGUGCUGAUUGGUUGACAUGGAUGGCGGUAGACUGACAGUGUGGUUAUGGUUUGCGCAUUUUGCAAAUCUGAACUAUUUCUGAAUGGGACCUGGACCAUAUUGGAAUUGUGCUAUUGUGCAAGACUCCCAGAAAAAUGCAAGGUUGUGAUCCAGGAAGCCAAGUAUUUUUCUAAUUUGUAAAACAAGAUCCUUAUUCUAAUGUUAACCCUAAACCAUUUCAGAUAAAAUAAUUAGCAAAGUUGCUUGGCAGCUGAGACAGGCCUUGGUCUGACACUGCAAGCACUUCCAGAAUUGGUGGUCAUAUCUGGGAGUUAAAAAACAAACAAACAAACAAAAAUUCCAGUUUGCAAAAUGCGCGGAGACAGGAAGAAAAGACAGGAACAUUUCUGUAUGUGUCUCAUUGUGUUUUUUUGGAUCUCGACUUGUAACUAGUUUAGUAUUCGUACUGUAAUGGCUUUUUGCACACUUUUUGUAUCCUGUAUAAGUAUGUUUGUAAAAUUUGUAUUUUCCAGUUUUAUGGACAUAAUCUGAGGAGAUGAAGAGAAAAACAACUGGUUUAUAUUUGGAAAAUGAAAUGAAUAAUUUUUGUUCCAAAAUGAUCAUCUUUAUCCUGCACGCUGGCAUACAAGCAGGGUAUUGUAAUCAAUCGUGUGUGUGUGU